ACACAGUUUGUAAUUAUCUCAUAACUGGUCACAUGGUCCUUACGACAAAUACACCACCGGCACUCGAGAUAGCAUUCAGUCGUCGAUCCGGCUUAAUUCAUCAGAAAUUUGCUUUAAUUUGAUCACCGCUUGGAACUUGCUUUUUUUUCACUCAUGGCGACAGGUAGCAUGACAGCAGGGGGUCUCCAGGGACACACGAUGUCCGAGAACGACGCUAACCCCCAGGGCCCUCAGGGCAUCACCGGCGCACAGAACGAGGCCGCCCUUCUGUCUCUCAUGGAGCGCACCGGCUACAACAUCAUCCAGGAAAACGGACAGCGCAAGUACGGCGGCCCUCCACCGGGCUGGGAGGGCGUCACGCCGAGCCGCGGCUGCGAGGUCUUCGUCGGGAAGAUCCCUCGCGAUUUGUUCGAAGAUGAACUGGUACCCGUCUUUGAGAGCAUAGGUAAGAUCUACGAACUCAGACUCAUGAUGGACUUUAACGGCAACAAUAGAGGCUACGCCUUUGUCAUGUACACCUCCCGAGACGACGCCAAGAGGGCCGUCAAGCAACUCAAUAACUAUGAAAUCAGAAAGGGGAGGCUGCUGGGGGUGUGUCCCAGUGUUGACAACUGCCGCCUUUUCGUGGGCGGGAUCCCAAAGAAUAAGAAGAAGCACGAAAUCCUAGAAGAGAUGUCGAAGGUCACAGAGGGAGUGGUUGACGUGAUUGUCUACCCCAGCGCGACUGAUAAAACCAAGAAUCGUGGAUUCGCGUUUGUUGAGUACGAGAGCCACCGGGCGGCCGCCAUGGCGCGCAGGAAGCUGAUUCCCGGCCGAAUCCAGCUGUGGGGGCACCAGAUCGCUGUGGACUGGGCCGAGCCGGAAGUGGAAGUAGAUGAAGACAUCAUGAAAUCCGUUAAGGUACUGUACGUCCGCAACCUCCUCCUGACAACAACAGAAGAGAGCCUGAAGGAGAGUUUCGAGAACGUGGUCAGCCCGGGGUCCGUAGAACGGGUGAAGAAGAUCCGCGACUACGCCUUCGUCCACUUCAAAACCAGGGAGGAGGCGGUCAAGGCCAUGAAUGCGACCAACGGGCAGCUGAUUGACGGCUGCCAGGUGGAAGUGACUCUAGCCAAACCGGUGGAUAGGGACAACUACGUCCGUUACACACGCGGCGCCGGCCGGGGCAUGCCUAUGGAGAUCUACCCAACAGGCUAUGAGAACUACUACAUCCCGACUCCGUACCCACCUACACACCUGUAUCCAGCAGCUGCUGCAGCUGCAGCCGCCUUCGCACCCGCCAACCUGCGCUUCCAGGGCCGCAGCUCUCUCGGGGCCCGCGGAGUGAUGCGCGUCCGCGGCCGCGGGGCUGCCGGCGCCCGUGGAGCGGGGGGAUCGCGUGGCUACUUCUCGUACGGUCUGACCCGGGGAGGGUUCUACGGGCAGAAGAAGAAGGAGCUGUUCGACCUGCUGCCUGGGAUGGAGCUCACCCCCACUAACCCUGUCACCAUGAAGCCACUCAAAUCUGCACCACAGGUGCCUCUGGACCAGAUGCUGGAGGAGAUGUGUCAGAAGAACCAGUGGGGAUCCCCGGUGUACUCCCUCCACUCCACCAUGGGGCCUGGGGAACGUCAACUCUUUCUCUACAAGGUGACAGUGCCAGCUCUGGCCUCACAGUACCCAAGUGCUCAGCCUUUCCAGCCUACAAAGUUGGCGCCAUCUGUCGAGGAAGCGAAGAGCGUCGCUGCCGAGUUCGUACUCAACCAGUUGGGGAUCCCAUUGGACGUCUCCAGCGAGGUCCCCCUGGCCGCCAUGGCUGCCACUGCGGGCACCGCUUACCAGCGUCCGCUAGCGGGGUAUGCCCUGGCUAAGGAUGCCUCGUCCUACGCACAAGGGUUUGUGCCGAUGACGUCUGCUGCGUCCCUUGCGACGGCUACCUCUCGCCAGGUGCAGAGCCAGGAUGUGUACAGCGCCGCCGCGUACGGAGAGUACGCCCAGUACGCUGCAGCAGCCGCGGCCGCCUCCGCUCAGCACGAGUUAUACCAAACGUAUUGAACGUAGUCCAAUGGUAGCAAUGAAUGAGUGCUGUGAUGUUGGCUUUGUUUAAAGUGCAACAUACCUCAGUAUGGCUUCACUGUUGAAAAAGUGAGACAAGCGGAAGAGUCUAGAGUUCUUAGGCAAAGGGUGUUCAGAAAAAUUUUCCCUGACAUUACUGGUAGCAUUGCCACAUUUUUACGCUUUGAGUGUUUCAAAGCAAAUUUACAUGUCUUUCAAGCAUGUAUUUAGGCUAGUCUAAGCUGCACAAUUUUUUCAUGAAUUUAAUCUUAGUAUCUAGUGAUUAGUGUAUUGUUGUAUGCUAAUAGUAAAGAAUGUGCCUUAAAUGUUUGAUGUUUGUAUUAAUUGAGAUUUGCAAAUUGUAGCUGAGACUGCAUAGAAAUUCUUUGUGCCAAAGCUAUGAUCUUAGUAUAUUUCUGUAGUCUUAAUGUAAUGUAAUCUCUAACCUAUAACAAACUGAAUAGUAUCUUAACCACUAUUGGUUUAGUGCUUAGUGGCCAGUACUACAGUAUGAAGGGUUUUCAUUGCUCUGUGGAAAACAAGCUGACAAAAAAAACUCAGUCUUGUUAUAAUAGAUGUCUGGAAAGUGGAUUGUUAACCAUGAAUAGUCUGUUCCAAGGAAAAUGUAGUUCCUUCGUUGCAUCCUGGUUUCAUUUCACCUUGUGUUGAAAAGAAAAAUGACCUUACUGUUCAAGUUGGAGAAAAAAGAAUCUACCAGGUAUACAACCAUUGGAAUAUUUUCAAUUAUCAACUUGAGUUGAAUUGAAUUUUUAUCUACCCAAUUCUAAGAGUCUGAACCUUAAAAUUAAGGUUAUUUUAGAUGAGUUGACUCUCUUUUUUACAGUUACAGAAGUAACUUGUCUGCCUAGAGCAAGACAAAACCACAUUUGUUUUUAUUCUAUAAGUUAAGGUAUAGAAUUUAAUAUCAAUAACAUAUGAGGUAGAGACAAGGGAGUGUUGUUUUGAGAUCAAUUAUGAAACUUUUUAUCUCAUAAUAGCAUUCCAAAAGCAUGACAUGUUUGAAUAUUGGUAAGUUUACUUUUAAAACCCUCACUCAGAAUUGUUAGGGUGAAGUAGGUUUACAAUGUUCAGGUGUAUCACUUGCUUUGUUUCAAUGUUUCUCAUGCCUAUAGUUUAGCAUAAUGCAGUUUUACUUAGCAUGAGCACUAAGAUAGCAAUUUUCCUCAUGGUUAAGCAUGUUGAUAUUUGUAGCAUUUCUCUUCUUAUUAUAUAGGGUAUUUUACCUCUUUUUUUUAGAGGAUUUUACUUUAGGGUGCCCGGUUGCACAGAACGUGUGACGUAUGCUCACUUUAACUUUAAGAUAUUUUACUUCUGUCCUAUUUUUAAAGUAUUCUUUUACCUUUGCAAGGGAUUCCUAAAGUAGCGGUUUUAUCUUUGUCUCAGGAAGGCCUUGUACUUGUUUGCCAUUGGCUGUUUGCCGACCAAUCACAAAGAGUUUUAUCAUGUACAGUUUCAAAAGUUUGACAUUGAGAGAAGUGGCCUUGUGUUGUGAUACUUAGUGCCAGAAAAACUUUAUUGUUGCAGUAAGGCCAAACUGAUUUGAUUAUUUGGAUGGUAUCCUCUAUGCAUCCCAAAACUGAUGCAAACGUGAAAAGACAAAAAAAUGCCUUUGAUGAUUCAAAAUUUUAAUACUAGUAGUUAGGAAGAUUGAACACACAAAAGUUCAGCAUACAAAACAAUAGAUUCAAUUUUGUUCAUUCUUAUAUUCUCUUUAUUUGUAUACUUUUUCCAUUUUUUUUUGCAAUUCACAGUUUACCUUUCCUUCUUUGUACCAAUUGUAGUAUGGUUUGAAACUUUUCCUUUUGGAAGCAGAAAAAAUUGAUGUGCGCGUGUGGAUGUCAUCCAAAUAGUCAAGUCAGAUUGGCCUAACCUGGUGUUAUUUGAUUCAUCAUUGUGAUUGUUCUGUCCAUCAUGUGACCACCAUGUUGUGUGUGAUUGGUCAAACAGAUCACAUGACCACAAACCAAUCGCUUCUCUACCCCAUCAUGCUUCCUUUAGUAGCAAAAAUUCCUACCAAAAUCCUGGCACUUGGUACCAAAAGCAUUUUGCCAUUUCAGAGAAAGAGAAGAAGGCUUAAAAUCUGGUGCUUGAGAACUAUGCACAGAAUUUUUAGCCAAUCAUGACUGCACCCCAAGAAAUUUCAGCACUUGAUUGGUUGGAUAAUUCACGUGUGGCAAAGUUUAAAACAUCCCGUAGCCAACAGCUGUGUUGUCGAGUCAGCGCUGUAGAGCAGCGCUCUCAGAAAAAAUGUCAUACAACAAUUGAUUGUUGUACUGGUGUGAUUAUCGAGAAUGUUGGUUUGAAUUUGGAAGGUUGGAUCCCUUGUAAAUAGUUAAAAAUUUCAGUAGAUGCUUGAUACGUACCUGAAAGUAGUGAUGUGUGUAUGCACAUAGUCAAUAAAUCUGCCCUGUUAUGCUUAAA